AGAUCUCGCGAUACUGGAGACCAGGAAGACGCCUGCAGAGCUCGGCUGCUGGUGCAGCAGCGGCUGUGGAGCUUCUGUGCUGCAGCAUCCGUGCUUCGUGCCCUCGAGCCUGAGCCUGCUGUCUAAGUGUGGAGGCGGGAGUGGCCAGGCCGGGGCUGUGGAGGUGCGCCGUGUCCACUGAGUCCAGGAGUGGAUUCAGGCUGCGGCCUGUCAGCGCCAGUCAGGGAGGCGCCCACCAUCCUGACAGGAUAAAAUGGCGGCGAUGGCGCCGGGAGGUGGUGGCAGUGGUGGUGGCGGUGUGAAUCCCUUCCUCAGCGAUUCAGACGAGGACGACGAGGAGGUGGCGGCCAGCGAGGAGCGGCGGGCAGGGCUUCGGCUAGGUGCCGGAGGUGGCCUGGAUCCCGGCUCUGCGGGCUCGCUGUCGCCUCAGGAUCCCGUGGCCUUGGGGAGCAGUGUACGGCCGGGGCUCCCUGGGGAGGCGGCGGCGGCGGCAGCCCUGGGGGGCUCCGGGGAGACCCCGGCGCGGCUGUCCAUUGACGCGAUCGCGGCUCAGCUGCUGCGCGAUCAGUACUUGCUGACGGCCCUGGAGCUGCACACGGAGCUGUUGGAGAGCGGCCGCGAGCUGCCCCGGCUGCGCGACUACUUCUCCAACCCAGGCAACUUCGAGAGGCAGAGUGGGACCCCGCCGGGUCUGGGGGCGCCGGGGAUCCCUGGAGCAGCCGGUGUCGGAGGCGCGGGAGGCCGGGAACCCAGCACCGCGUCGGGCGGGGGACAGCUCAACCGGGCUGGGAGCAUCAGUACUCUUGAUUCUUUAGACUUUGCAAGAUACUCAGAUGAUGGCAACAGGGAGACAGAUGAGAGGGUGGCAGUCCUGGAGUUUGAACUGCGGAAAGCCAAGGAGACCAUUCAGGCCCUACGAGCCAACCUGACAAAGGCUGCAGAACAUGAAGUUCCUUUACAGGAACGAAAAAAUUACAAAUCAAGUCCUGAAAUUCAGGAGCCAAUCAAACCUCUUGAAAAGAGAGCUCUAAACUUCUUAGUCAAUGAAUUUUUAUUGAAGAAUAAUUACAAGCUUACAUCCAUUACCUUUUCAGAUGAAAAUGAUGAUCAGGAUUUUGAAUUAUGGGAUGAUGUAGGAUUAAAUAUUCCAAAGCCUCCAGAUUUACUGCACCUUUACCGAGACUAUGGAAAUCAUCAGGUCACUGGGAAGGAUCUUGUGGAUGCAGCAAGUGGAGUGGAAGAAGAUGAGCUCGAGGCUCUCACCCCAGUCCUAGGCAGCCUUCCCCCAAACCUCGAAGCUUCUCAGUCUGUAGAGAACUCCUUGCUAGUACAGAAGUUAGAAGAUAAAAUUAGCUUAUUAAAUAAUGAGAAAUGGUCAUUGAUGGAGCAAAUCAGAAGACUUGAAAGUGAAAUGGACUUCCUGAAGAACGAACAAUUUGCCACCCCAGCAGUUUGUGAACGUGUUCAACUCUGUGCAGAUCCCUCUCCCCACAAAGACUCUGAUGAAAGUGGACAGAGUGCAGUUGUGCAUAGCUCAGACAAGGGGAAAAGCAAAGAUACCCAUCUUUCAAUAUCAGAUGAAGUUGAUUCCAGUAUUCCCAAAGAGAAUUCCCCACAUUCUGUCCCUAGUAGAGAAAAAGAAGGAGUGCCAUCUUCCUCUUCAUCAAGUAAAAACGCAGUUCAUUUUGACAAGCCCAAUAGAAAAUUGUCCCCUGCCUUCCACCAAGCACUGCUCUCUUUUUGUCGAAUGUCAGCGGAUAGCCGUUUAGGAUCAGAGGUCUCUCGGAUUGCAGACAGUGAGCAGAGUGUCAUGCUCAUGCUGGGUCGCUGCCUACCACACAUUGUUCCUAACGUGCUGUUGGCAAAGAGAGAGAGAAUGGUUUUACACCUCUGUCAGGAAUUGAUCCCACUGAUACUGUGCACGGCAUGCCUGCAUCCUGAGCCUAAAGAGAGGGACCAGCUUCUCCACAUACUUUUCAAUCUGAUCAAGAGGCCGGAUGAUGAGCAAAGGCAAAUGAUACUGACGGGGUGUGUGGCAUUUGCGCGUCAUGUUGGACCAACUCGCGUGGAAGCUGAACUUCUACCACAGUGUUGGGAACAGAUUAAUCACAAAUACCCAGAAAGACGACUGCUUGUGGCAGAAUCCUGUGGAGCCCUGGCACCAUACCUUCCUAAAGAAAUUCGUAGCUCCUUGGUUCUUUCGAUGUUGCAACAGAUGUUAAUGGAAGAUAAGGCCGAUUUAGUAAGAGAAGCUGUCAUCAAAAGCCUUGGUAUCAUUAUGGGAUAUAUUGAUGACCCAGACAAAUACCAACAGGGGUUUGAAUUGCUGCUCUCAGCCUUGGGUGACCCGUCGGAGAGAGUAGUCAGUGCUACACAUCAAGUGUUUUUACCAGCUUAUGCUGCCUGGACUACAGAACUUGGAAAUUUACAGUCUCAUCUUAUACCUACAUUGCUGAACAAGAUAGAAAAACUUCUCAGGGAAGGAGAACACGGGCUGGAUGAACAUAAGCUCCACAUGUAUCUUUCUGCCUUGCAGUCCUUGAUCCCGUCUCUCUUUGCGUUGGUGCUGCAGAACGCACCGUUCGCCAGCAAAGCCAAGCUUCAUGGUGAAGUGCCGCAGAUAGAAGUCACUAGGUUUCCUCGACCUAUGUCACCUCUUCAAGAUGUGUCCACUAUUAUUGGAAGUCGUGAACAAUUGGCAGUGCUGCUACAACUUUAUGAUUACCAGCUGGAACACGAGGGUACAACAGGCUGGGAGAGUUUACUAUGGGUUGUCAAUCAAUUGUUGCCACAACUUAUAGAAAUAGUUGGCAAAAUUAAUGUUACUUCAACUGCCUGUGUCCAUGAAUUCUCCAGAUUUUUCUGGCGCCUUUGCCGGACAUUUGGCAAAAUUUUUACAAACACUAAGGUAAAACCUCAAUUCCAAGAGAUCUUAAGACUGUCUGAAGAAAACAUUGAUUCCUCAGCAGGAAAUGGGGUCCUCACUAAAGCUACAGUUCCCAUUUAUGCAACAGGAGUCCUUACAUGUUAUAUUCAGGAAGAAGACCGAAAACUGUUAGUUGGAUUCUUAGAAGAUGUAAUGACUUUGCUUUCCUUAUCUCAUGCUCCUCUUGAUAGCCUGAAGGCUUCUUUUGUGGAACUGGGUGCAAAUCCAGCCUACCAUGAGCUGCUGUUAACUGUUUUAUGGUAUGGUGUUGUCCAUACGUCAGCACUUGUGAGGUGUACUGCUGCUAGAAUGUUUGAGCUGUUGGUGAAGGGGGUGAAUGAGACUCUGGUAGCUCAGAGGGUUGUUCCUGCUCUCAUUACUCUCUCCAGUGACCCUGAAAUCUCUGUCAGGAUUGCCACAAUACCAGCAUUUGGUACUAUUAUGGAAACAGUUAUUCAAAGAGAGUUGCUGGAAAGAGUGAAGAUGCAGUUGGCUUCUUUCCUGGAAGACCCGCAGUAUCAAGACCAACAUUCUUUGCACACAGAGAUCAUAAAAACAUUUGGCAGAGUUGGUCCUAAUGCAGAACCCAGAUUCCGAGAUGAGUUUGUUAUACCACAUUUACAUAAGUUGGCCUUGGUGAACAACUUACAAAUUGUGGAUUCUAAAAGACUGGAUAUUGCUACUCAUCUUUUCGAAGCCUACAGUGCACUCUCCUGCUGCUUCAUUUCAGAGGACUUAAUGGUAAACCACUUUUUACCUGGUCUCCGAUGUUUGCGGACUGACAUGGAGCAUCUCUCUCCAGAGCAUGAGGUUAUUUUAAGUUCUAUGAUAAAAGAAUGUGAACAGAAAGUAGAAAACAAGACUGUGCAAGAGCCUCAAGGUUCGAUGUCAAUUGCUGCAAGCUUAGUGAGUGAAGAUACAAAGACCAAGUUUUUGAACAAAAUGGGCCAGUUGACAACCUCAGGCGCCAUGCUGGCCAACGUGUUUCAAAGGAAGAAGUAGGGACGGGAAGGAAGCCCCCAGUGAACACUAAGUUGGACCAAGACUGGUUCCUUGUACUUGAAGUACUUGCCUUUUUUAUUUCCUCAGUUUUAUGUUUUUAUGUUGUAUUUUAUCCUAACCUCCAAAGAUAUUUGCACUGUUUUUGAUUAUUGCUGUAUAUUUGUUGAUUUUGGAAUUAUAAAUAUGGUACAAGAAAAUUGAGUUGAUGGUCUGUACCAAGUCUCUUCUAUGUUCUUGUCUUUCAGAAUAAUUUUUAUACAUAUAUAUGUAUAUAUAUAGUGAAGAGGGUUUUUUUUUAAUUUUUGGAUGGGAUAUUAGCAAAUAUUAUCUGUAUGAUACCCUAAGCUAUUACAAUGGUACUUAAAAUAAUGUAAAUUUGAAGUCAUUGUUAUAAAGUAAUAAAAGUGGAGAUCACUUAAGUAUUUAAAUUAUGAAAUGAUAAUUGCAGACUUUUUAUUGUUUCUUAACUGACUGGAAAGAAAGAGCCACCAGCAUUAUUCUGUGCCUUUGGACUUCAGUUUGUGUGAUCUGUAGGAAUUGUGCGCAUUCCAUUCACACAGGAUUGCUUUAGGAUGCUGUGAUGAAUUUUUGAGUCACAAAUCCUACAGUAAAUAAUUGAUGAAACAUUCUUGAAGUGCUACAUAAACCUCCCCAGCACUUCCAUGCACAUAAGGGGCUCACCAGAGGAGGGACAGCACAUGAACGUGGGGAGUAUAUUUUACACAGUGGUGUGUAGUAGAUUUACAUGCUGAAAAAUAAAUGUACUGAGAACUAAUAAUUGUGAAAUAUUUCCCAUGUUGAAAUACAAAAGAAAAUAUGGUUUGAGUCUGAAAUUUAAUGCUUAAUUUAUAUUAAACAUUUUAUUUAAGUUUUCUUUUAUGAUUUUAACUUCAGAGAUUAUCUUUCCAUUCUGUUUGUUACCUAGAAGUACUGAAAAGUUAAGGACAUUUGGGGGCUACUUUUUUCUCUCUAAACUAACAAUGACAUUGGCUAAAUUAUUACUGGGUAGUUACCAACUUGUCCCUAAAAUAAUCAAUGACAUCUCUUAUGUUUGAAUUUACUACACUGAGUCUUGAAUUGAUGUACAGUCCCUAUAGACUAUUCAGAAAUGCAAUUGGAAGUACAGAAGAAAGCUGGACAUAGAAAGGAUGAUAGGUUUGAGCGGUUAAUGUGAGGCCUUUUGGAAAAAUAACUAUUUUGAUAAAGAAUUCUCAUUUGAGCAUAGUUGAUACACAUAAAUGGUUCUCAUAUUUGUUUCAUAAACUGUUUUAAUAUACCAGAAACAAAGUUGGAUUACAUUCACUUCCUGGGAAAGCUGGUUUACCACAUGUUCAGGCUUAUACAGUUAAUUUGCCCUAGGCCAAACCAUUUUAAAAGGCUCAUUGGGAAAGUAACUUCUUUGCCUACAGUGAAAAAAUUGUUGACUAACUAGUCUUCUGAAAACUGUUGGAUUCUAGGCAUUCCUGAGAAUUGAAAGUGGCUACUUUUCAUGUCAAAAGUUGACCUAUUAUAAAUAAAAUGUUUUUGCAUACUUGUUUUU